UCACAGGACCAAAGUGGGCGCCGCCGCUGCUGCUGCUGGUGAUGUUGUUGGGGACGUUUUUGCAGGGAGCACUUGUAGCCCCGUCUCGUCAUCCGCUGAUGGUCUGUGUGUGUGCUCGCGUAUUUUGUGGUCGUCCCUUGCAGACACGGGGUCGCGAUGAAAAGGGAGCAAAUUCCUCUCGCGAUACAAAAUGUAGCCAGCGAUAUCUCCUGCAAAGACAAACAGACAGAGACACAAGGCUGGAUCACCUGGAAGAGCUUUCUGUACCGUGAGUGCAUUCAUCCAUCCAUUUGCCUUUGGGCUGCUCCUCUCCUCACCAUGGUGGACUCCUGCAGCGGUGGUGGUGGUGGUGGUGGGGCGUUGAUGGUGGGGCUUCGACGGCCUUGACCGUCGUGGGAGGGGGCUGGAGGGGUGACUCGGUGUCGGUGACGGGUCCGGGACAGCUCGAAUUCGAUCCACCUCGCUCCCAGCUCGCCCGCCACCCCACCCUGCACCGUGCUGGUCGGCCGCCACUGGAUGAGGACGUUGUUGCCGCUGGUGUCGCCGUGCACCAGGCCGCUGUCGUCCCCCCGCACCGCUGGAGAAGAUGUCGGCCAGGCCUUCGCGCAGCAACACUGCGAGCUGGCGGAAGUGGGAGCCCGUGACUCCCAGACGUGCCAGCGUAACCCGCAGGCGCCGCCUCCUGUUGAGGGGGUCGGGAUCGGGAUCGUCCUCGUCGUCGCUCUCGUCGCCGUCAUCGGCCUCCUCGACCUCAUCGUGAUCCGCGUUGCCCUCGUCUCGCGGCUCCAGCAGCUUGGCCUCUGCGGCCAGCUUCGCACACUGCUCCGGGGUCAGGACCUCCUUCAUUGGCACGCCUCGCGUCUCGCGCAGGUAGCGCUUCCUCCACUGGGCCAUGUCCUCACCGGGUGACGCUGCAGGCAGGAGGGCAGCACAUGACACACACAUCAUGCGAUGCGAUACGAUACGCAAUUGACGAUACGCUGUGCGCAUAAACUCCUCGUGCAUUGGUCUGAGCGAUGUGUGUCUGUCUGUAGACCCACCUUUUGGCAGGGAAGAUGACGGUCUGGGCCGGCGCAGCUCCUCCGCUACUACUGGUGGCAGAAAAAGCUGCAUAACACAGAGCGAAAUCCAACACACAGCGAAAUCCAUCCAUCCAUCCAUUCACUGCUUUCUCUUUCCGGUCUGCGUAUGGCGUUGGUCACUUACCGAUUCGCUCUGCCAUGUAAAAGAGCCCCCUCACUCCCAGCACGCCGUCCCUCGUGCCCGGCUGCUCCCCGCAGCGAAUGGGAAAGAGGCCCGGCUCUCCAUCCGCCCCCUUUAGGCCACCCCUUUGCCAUGGCCGCACGUAUGGCCGCCUGCCGUCGGCCGGCACCUCCCCGAAGGCCGUCAGGGUGGCUGUCAGGGUGCUGCGACGGGCGGCCAGCUGCUGCAUGGCCGCCACUCCCCUCUUGACGGUCGCGCUCAGACGAAGGAGGUCAUCUGGGCUUAGCUCUGGAGUGCCCGGCGCGAAAAGGGAAAGAAGUUCCUCUCGUGAUAUAAAAUGUAAACAGCGAUGCCUACUGCAGACAAAGGGACAGAGAGGGACACAAGGCAGACACACAUUCAGAUCACUUGGACGUCCUCGUGUGCUGCAAAUACCUUCUUUGUCUUCUGAGGGUGCCACUGACUGAAGGAGGUCUUGAGGGCUGAGCUCCGGAAUGCCGGGCACCGUCUCCUCCUUCCUGUUGACGGUGGCCGUCACCGCCGCGAUGCCUUUGGGCACCGGGCACUUCAGCACUAGCCUCCGCCCCGCCGACUUGCCCUCGGCGAUGGCAAAGCUGUCGCUGUAGUGCAGCAUGCGGCGGCCAGCCGUGCGAAAGCUGGAGAGGGUGGCCAGCGAAUCGACUGAUAUGGCCGCCGCAUGCUGUGUGGGGGAAGCGGGGACGAUUUGGGCGUGGGGCAGAAGGGGCGAGGAGCCGUCGGAUGCCGCGCCCUCAUCGUCCAUGUCGGCCGCCGCUGGCGAGGCUGGUGCUGCUCGCGGUGGCGCUGGCGGGGUGGUGGUGGUCUUGUCCCCCUCCUCUGCCCCACUCGGCUCCUCGAGGCUGCCCUGGUGGUCGGCUGUGUGGCUGGCAGGUGCAUCGGGCUCGACAACACGGUCGCAUCUGAAUGAACGAAGGCACAAAGGAAGCGACGCUAGAUAUGCGAAAGCAAAUCUCAUUCAUUUGUGGUCUCGUCGGCUUACUGUCAGAUGGCGGUUGAGGGCCAAUGAGCUCCAUGAACGCAACAGAGAGCUCCGCCCCCUUCCCAAUCUGACGCUGGAACCCGGGGGCCGCGAUGUCAAUGAAAGAAAUGAGACUCAGGAUAUAAAAUGUAGCCAGCGAUGUUUGCUGCACACACACAGACGGAGACACGAGGCUAUGUCAUUUGGAAGCUUUUGUGUAUCCUGCAUACCUUCGGGACUCAUUGGUGCGUUCCUGUCCUCAUCAUCACCAAUGUCCUCCUACUUGCUCCACGAGCUCAUGGGCGUCGAGAAGGGCCCUGUCCACUGACUGCAGCAACCAGGCGUGCCGCUUCUGGGCCUUCUCGAUGGUCACCUUCGUCUUGGUCUCGGCGAUGGCCUCUUGGAGGCUCGUGGCGGGGAGGUCGAACAGGUCGCGGACGGCUUCUGUCUCCUUCUCGAGUGGCGCCUCGAAGCGCUUCUUGAAGGUCGCGCCUCGGAAGAAUGUCUGCCACUGGUUCGGCUUGUUGGUGUAGAGUGUGCCGUCCUUGUUGAUCAGCCGGUCCAUGUGUGGCGCCAGCAGCAGAUGGGCGAGCAGCGAGGUCGCGCUCGCCCUUCUGGCCAUGGAGGGUAUCGAUGAGGUCCCCGAUGGAGACGGCGUCUGUCCAUAGCUCGUCCAGCACGGCGUCGUCGUCCUCCUCCUCCUCCUCCUCGUCGCUCUCGUCGUCAUCGUCACCCUCGUUGUAGUCCAGCAGCUCCCUCCUGAGCUUGACGACGGCCGCUCUUCCGCCGGUGUAAGCUGCAAAAGGGCAGACAAACACACACAAUACAAUACAAUACAAUAUGACGGUCACGAACCCGUUCGUUAAUAUGAGUGUCCUGUGUGUGUGCAUGUAGGUGCAUGUCAUAUCUCUGUCAACCCACCUGCUGUGAGUGGCUUCUUCCCGCGCUGACGCAGCUCCUCCUCGACUGCUGGUCGCAGCUGCUCCACUGCUGCCGGCGGCAGAAAAGCUGCAUUACAUGAACGGAAAGAAGGCAAAGUGGGAUUCAUGACGCAGGCAUCUCCGGUUGUCCGGUAGGCUUACCUAUGUAUUUUGACAUAUAGAAGAACCCCCUCACGCCCACGACCUUCUUCUCAGAGCGACAGACCACCCUCACCGGGAAGCGCCCCGGCGCCCUCUCGGCGCUGCCCGCCCUCGUCCCCUUCGGCCACAGCCACUCGCGAUCUGCCGGGAUGGUGCCGGACGCCACCAGUGCGGACGCGAGCGUGCUGCGGCGCGCCGUCAGCUCGAGGAUGGCCUUCACCUCCUGCAGCUGCUCCUCUGUGAGCUCGUCCAGCCCCUCAGGGACGGCGCAUUUGAGGAUGACGCGGCCGGCAGCCGAGUGGCCCUCCAGGAUGGCGAAGUACUUGGGGCUGUGGUGGACGAGGCACCUUACGGAGGGGCGGAAGGUGGAGAGGAUGGCCAGCGACGCCUCCUCUGAUGUGUCUGCCGCCUCCUGUGUGCGCGCGUCAGAGGCCGGUGCGUUGUGGAUGUGGGGCAGCAGUGGCGAAUAGCCGUCAGACGCACCGCCCUCGUCCUCGGUGUCGCCUUUCCAUGACGAUGCGCUUCGGCGUCUCCUCGCCGUUCGUGUCCUUCUGCUUGCCCUGCUCGUCGGCAGGAACAACAAUCGCAGGAACAACACACACACCUCAGAUGCCGGCAGGCAAGGAAAUGUCAU